AUGGCUUUGCACAACUUGGUUUUUGUCAUCGAUGUGGAUUAUGAAGAUCACUGUUCAGGAGAUCAGCUGGAUGUCAGAAAUCAUCUCGUAAAACGAGGAAUAUUAUUAACCCUGCUGCAUUUCGGCUACAAAUAUGGAUUUGACAAAGUGCGUUGGGGUUAUAAGUUCUUUCAGUCCAAGACUGGCCGCAAUGCAAGUCUCCUAUCAAGGGGGUCAGACUUCAAGGAGCUCCGCCACAAAACUUUUGAUGACUUUGAAAUAGAGUUUGAAGCCAAGUUUGAUCUGAAGGAUAAACCGUGCCCUUCUAAGCAGAAACAGCAACCCAAUCAAUCUGCCUUAGUUCAAAAUGCACUCAAAGAAACCCUGCUGGACUUCCAGUGGGACAGACCAGACAUCACCUCUCCCACCAAACUGUCCCUGAGGCCGCGGAAGUCGAGUCAACCUGGGAAGCCCAGUGUUUCUCAUGAGGAUGAGAUUUCAAGCAACGGGAGGAACGUGGUGUUUAUGGUCUCAGAGUGUCCACGGUCUAGGUUACAGCUUGUGGACUAUCUGUCUUUGGGAGACAGUGACCUACCUACAGAUGUGACGGAGCACAUAAUACCCAGGGCCCUUCAUGACAUGCUGGUUCAGAGACAGGUGGUGCUGCACUGGAUUGACAGUAGAUCACAUGUUCAGGUCAUGAGGUGUGAGGAUCACCUCAGCUUUGACAAGAUGUCUGAGAUCCUAGCUCAUCUGGGUGGCAGAGUGAUUCCUGUGGUUGCAUUGUUGAACCUCUGCUCUGCUCAGAAGCCAGACUCAAGCUUCAAGGGAGAGACCUUCGCAUUCAAGUCCAGCAUCGCAUACAUGCUGUCAUCUGAAAGGCUCCACCGCCUGGCUUUUCCCGUCAUAGGCGGUGUUCUGCGAUGGGAGCAAGGUGAUGUGACACAGAGCUGUGGCGUCAUGGUUGAACCAGUGUCUCGUGGUCAAAGGUCUCUCCCAGAGUCAGUUCAAGUGUGUCUGAAGGGAGUGCUGCAGAACUGGGAUACCUCUUCACUGACGCAGACCUCCACAGAGUCAUGGGUGCUACAGUGCUCCAGCAGCAGUGACCAGGGGGCGGCCGCCUUCCAGCAUCUCCUAAUGGAGCUGUCUGCUCAUGCUCUGCACAUGCUCUCUGAGGUGAAUGACAGCAGCUCAGUGUGCUCGGCUGUCCUCUCCCCCUUGUCACACACUACAGCUUUGCUCACCAUCUUCCAGUCUGGCGUCACACAGCAGAACCAGUUCUUGACCACUGAAAUCAUUGCCCCCGCGACAGCAGAAACCUCAGCUGAACUGCCAGAUGUUGUGAGCAGCGUCCUGGGAGUAGUGUAUGACAUAAUGGAGGAGGAUGGUGAUAGUGUCGAUGAUCACCAGGUUCCUGAAUGGGCUCAACAGGAAAUCAGCCAUUACCCCCUGACAACAGGCGUGUUGGAGAGUUGGUUCCCUCAAUCAGAUCAGUCAGGAGUUAGUUCCCAUUUAAUGGAGUCAAUGAGGUUGCUGCAUGCAGUAGCAGAGCAGAGAGAAGAGGAGGAGUCUGUCCUACAGCAGGAGCUGCUCAGUGGUCUGGCUGAAUUGUAUCAAGCAUCCCAGGGUGCAGAGGCCAAGAGGGGCAAGAAACGUGGCGCCCAGCGCACGCCGGUGAAACAGAAGAUGAAGACCAUGAGCCGCUCCUUACAGAUGCUGAAUGUCGCGCGGCUGAAUGUCAAAGCCCAAAAGAACCUGACAGAGACUGAGCAGCAGGGUGCUGACAGCAGGGGGACAGACAGACAGGGGAAGAGACGGUCAAGUGAAAGGAACAAAUCUGGAGGAGGGAGCACCAUCAGUUUCACAAGUGAGGCAGAGCUGCUGUCCCAUCUGAAGUCAAGGUAUGAGAGGACUUUGGAAGAGAGGGACUCACCCCUUCUCACUGGUGUCCAGCAGCUCCUGUUUGCUGUCAAGACCUUCCUCAUGACAGAAUCAGACCUUGAGGCAAAGAUCUCACUGUUUGUUCAGCAACACCUACUCAAGACCGGCAAAUCAAUCAGGCAGCUCUAUAGCACAGCUGCUGAUGCUGAGAGCAAAGUCAGAGAGUGCGAGCUUCAGGUGUUAUUGAGGCUGCAGUUGUGCAGGCUUUUCUCGGCGGAGCAGUCUGACUCACUGGAUGUUGACCAGAUGGCAGAGGAGGUGGCUGAAAUGCUCCGAAUAAUCUCUCUAACAAAAGACCCAGUUUGCCUUGCAAGGUUCCUUGAAGAUGAAGUCCUCCCAGGGUUCCUGACCGCCAUUCCUAGAGUGCUCGCAGAUAUCUACCACAGUCUGGGCACCCAGCUCCCUGAGGCUUUGGUGGCUGUUCUGCCUGCUGACUUCUUCAGCGACGAGUCAGUUGCCAAGGACAGCAUUUCUCCUUCAGCCUCCUCCCCUCCCCUCUCCACACAGAGCCUGGUUUCAGAUGGCAAAGAUCGCCUGCAGGAUCUGCGAAAUCGCUCCGCUAGCAAGAGGAGGAGUGGGAUGCUUACUCGUCAUCGCAGUAUGACUGAAUCAUCACAAAGUCUUCGCCAAAUAGAGAUCCCUAAAAAGACUACAAGAGCUUCAAAAUCAAAGGUCUGUGUUGCUUUGGAGAAACCUGUUGCAGAACCACAACCCCAGAAACAAGAAACACAAGAGGUAACGAAGGUGAGAAGAAACCUGUUCAACCAGGAGGUUGUUUCCCCCUCAAAGAGAGCCAAGCUGCCAAGGAGCCAGUCUGUGUCCGCUGUGGAAGGAUUGAAACGCAAGCGAUCUCUUGACUCUGAAGAGAGGCACAAACUUCUAACAAAGAAAGUUUGUGAAACACCCCUCCACAAGCAAGUGUCCAGUCGCCUCUUAUACCGGCAGAAAAUGGGAAGGAGAUCCGUCCCAACUGAGGAGUGCAUCGUGGAAGAGUCACCAGUAAAACCUGCAGAAGACCUCAGAAGAAGCCCAAGGAUAAAGAAGUUUGCUCGAAGACACUCAAACGUCUUCUACUCAAGCUCUCAACCUCGCUCCCGCAACCUUGACAGAGCUCUCUCUGGAUCCCAGCUUACUCUCAGCGAUAGCAAAAUCAGUGGGGUUAACGUAAAAACAGUUCGGUCUCCUAUGCGUCUGCUUUUUGGGGCAGCUGAUUCCCCCAGUCGUCCUUCCGAGCAGUCUUGUGCAACCAGGGCCACCAGGUCGCGUCUGUCUACAGAUUCGAGUGUCUUUGAGAGUCCAAAUAAAACACCAACAAAGUCACCUGGCAAACGUGGGAGAGCCAUGCAUGGGAUCUCAACACCCAGGACGCCCAAGACCCCUCGAACCCCCGGGUCCCCCAAAACACCACCUCCAUCUAGGAAGCAUGUUUUCUCUGCUGCAGAGAGCCCUGUAGCAGGCAGUUCUUGUGAGCUUGUUAUGACUCUAAGAGGUAGUCCUUUCAGAUCUCCAUCCAGACAGACACUUGUGGUAGAGACACCUACGAAGGAAAGCCCUGUGAGGAGCCCGCUGAAGGGUAUUCUUAGGACUCCAGUCAAGGCCUUGGCUGAAUGCCAAUCCUCUCCUGGAUUACGUCUUCUCAAUAGCCCAAUCUCCAGGACUCCCAAGAAGAGCGUCACAUGGUCUCCAUCCCCUCGAAAAUGUAGAGUGGCAGAGAGCAGCGUUACUUUCAAGGUGCCAGAGUCGCCUUGCACUGCAACCCGCAGUUCUCCAAGAUUGAUGAAAACACUCAACAAGUUCAGUAGCCCUGUCAAAAGCACAAACACUAGGAAAGAUAUUUUCAAGUCCCCAGAAAAGACUGCAAAAAGUGUAUUUAUAACAAAGGAUAAAAAUGAGAGGCCCUCUGAAAAACUCUCCAUCAUGGUGAAAACACCUGAAAAGGGUGAAACUGUUCCUCCUCCAGAAUCCACGCCACCUCUAGACCACCACCUUUCACCUAAACCCAACACUAGGACACAGUCCAAGACCCCUAGUCCCACUCACAUGAUGAUGACUCGCUCUGGACGAACUCCAGGCAAAAGUUCAAAUGUUGCAUCCCCAUGUAAGCCAGCCUUUAUACCAGUCAGAGGCACGAGUAAUUCAGAAAAUACUCCAAUAAAGUCUCCAGCAAAGUCCCUGACAAGAAAGAGGUCUGGUCAAGAUGCUGGAUCCACCAGACAUUACUUAAGAUCCCAGUCUAGUAACAGUGUUCCUCCCAAACUGAUCACAGAUUCUGCUGAGAACUGUGACCUUGUGGAAAAGAACACGCAGUCAGAUACAAAAGACGAGGUACAAGAUGAACCUUCCCAAACGUCUGAAACUGACUCGAGUUCCCAUUCAGACUCACAGCAGUUGAACUCUUCACAUUUUGCAUCCACAGACGAUGAUAGUAUGGACAUUGUAGAUGCUGCAGUUGUAAAGACACAGUUUAGUGGACGCAUCAAGAUGAACAUUAGUUUUUCACGGAGGCCUUCAAAAUCCAGCGAAGACUUUGUGUCGAACACAGUCUGUCCUAAAACACGGGUGUCACCCCAAGGCACACCUUCCCGCAGCUAUGGCUUCCGGCAGACCCCUGACCGCCAACAGAGAGAAGCUGCUGCUCGUUUGGGGUACGCAAAUGAACCCCCUCGAUUUUCAACCCCGAGAGGCCCAGCAAGACCUGGUCGACAAAAGAGCACGGGCACUCCGAACCCUCUCACUUACCAGGUGGAAAUGGAAAUGCAAACAUCAGGACUUCCCAAGCUCAAAAUCAAACGCACAGAUUCCAUGAAUGCGGGCGAUUUGGCCUCAGAUGGAGGUCCUCGAUCAGGAGCUCAGAGCCCUUUAGUUGGUGUGAAACCUUCUCAGCUGGAAAGCCCCUUGGCUUUGUUCUCAAAGCACAGAGAUCCUGGAUGUGUCUCGCCAUCUAUCUGCACUCACGUCACCCCCGCCAAGAGCACGCCUGGGAAAGGGGGAAGCGUCCAAACUUACAUUUGUCAGUCUUACACACCUACACGCCAUCCUGCAGGAACAUUGUCUCCAGUGGCAACUACAGACAUCGUUCCUCUGACUCCUUCACCUCAGAGUGUUGGGAAAGUGACCCCUGACAACCUCAACAGCUGGCCUCGUAGGAAGAGAGCUCAGAUUGGAGUGGUCGGAGGCAAGGAUCGUGGUCUAAAGGGGGAGCCUUUGCUGGUGGAGUUGCUGGAGGAGGCUGAGCUUGGAGUUAGUAGAUUGCAGGACAUUGAGGACACGGAGGAACCCUCAAACAGCAAAGCUGCAAUAUCAGCGCUGACUUCCAAACAGUCCCCCCCUGUUGGAGCAGAUGCAUCUCCUCUGUCUCCACUGGAGGACUUGUUCUGGAUGGAGAAGCUAGGUCAGCAGGCUGACCGUGCUGAUCCUCAGAGAGCUGAAGAAGACGUCAUAUGGGCCGCUGGAAAUGGAGAUGUCAAGUCAAUAGCGACGCCGCCCAGCUCAAAGGUGAGGAAGCCGGUGACAGCAAGUGGGAUUUUGGCCCUCACUCACUCUCCAUUGUUGUUCAAGGGCAAAACAGGCUCUGCUAGUAAGAGAACACCAAAUUUCAAAGAUGAGGCUGCAUCAGGGAGGAGGAUAGAAGUCGAUGGAGUGGACGUCUCUCCCUUCAGCCAGCCAAUCAAACGCUCAAACACAGGCAGGACUUACAGUAGGAAGAGGCUGCUCCACUGAUCCACAAAACUGGCAAGCAAAGCGAAAAGAUUGUCCACUCUGUGUUGUACUUCGCCUUUCUCAGGCGUGUUUUGUCAGGAGGGCGUUUGAUGGCAGAUCUGAAAGAUGUCUUUCAAGCACCACUUGAAAGGCUUCGCAGAACAACGAAUGUCCCUUUGAGUUUCUUCCACCAACACUUUUGACCCUGACAUUUAUUGUUCUAACCAGUGGCUUUGAUUUUAAUUGCAACAUUUUAAAGGGAUAUUUUAGAUUUUUCAAGUGAGGUUGUAUGAGGCACUUAUCCAUAGUCAGUGUAUCAUGUACAGUAGUUGGCAUAAGUUUUAAGAUGUACUGCCAAGUGUUGUACUGCUGUGGACAAGGGCAGCAAACAGAACAUAUUUUAGCUACCUAAAAUAUCUAUAUAAAUAUAUAUCAGUUGAAGUGUACACUAUAUUUAGAAUAUGUUUAUCGUUGUACCUUGCUGUCAGACGGCCCUGUCUGACAGAGAGCUGAAGCCGUUAGAUCCAUCAGUGCUCUAUUGACCUUCUUGAGCAAACUGCACUCCUUUGACAACAACAGUUAUUUUACCUCACAAAACACAGGAGUUGCUGGUCUACCACUGCCCCAUUUGCUUAGUUUUUUUAUUUUAUUGUACGACUUUGACUUUUAAUUGGGUUAGUUUGUAAUUCACCAAAAUCACUAACCAAUCAAGGAGCGGUAUACAAGCAACUCCUGUGUUCUGUGAGGUCGAAUUCCUGUUUCUGUUAAAGAAGUGUGGAGGCUUUGAAGAGAGCAUAGAUGGAUGUAAUUGUUCCCUGUCGGAAAGCACUGUCUGACAGCAAAGUAACGCGGUCAGAAUCUUCUUCAUGUAGCGUAAACUUCAACUGAUAAUGGGUUUUUUUUUUAGCAGCCAAUAUUUGCUGUUGCCCCUGUCCACAGCAAUACAUUGUUCAACUUCACUGUCGAUGCUUCUCCACACUGGAAGUGUGCCACCUGACAUCUACUGCUUGUAAUACAGUGACUGUGGAUGAGUACCUCAUACAACCCCACUUCAAAAAACAUCCAAGCUACGCCUGUAAGAUUAAAGGGAGGUUCAACACUGAGUUGAAAAGCUAUGCAGUUCUGCCAAGAUGUUUAAAACUGUUCUAUUAGUGAUUUUAUCUUUCACCAUAUACCAUGUUUUCUGCAUCGGUGUCUUUGAAGCUGAAACGCUCAAAAAUUGUGUUUUUCAAAAUUGUAGUAAGCAAUAUUACAAUCAAGUUUAAACCUAAAUUUGUUGAUAUAAAUACUAUUCAUGUUUAUUUAUUAGUUUGUUUUUGUCAUAAACUUGCUUUUAAGUCAAAGGGAAGGCCUAGUGAGUGAUUCAUAUU